UAUAUAUAUCGAUAUGUAUGAUGAUGAUGAAGAAGAUGAUGGUAUCGAAUCAAACUAAUUAAACCGGACAGUUGUUGUUGAUGAUGAUAUACGAUCGAGCAGGAGCAGCUGAGGAUUAGUACAGAAUCCAUAUAUUGGUAGCUACGAGCCUACGACCUCGCUGCCUCGUAUCGUGAAAUGAGAUACUAGCUAGAAAGGUGGUGGUAGGGGAUAGAUCCGGGGCGGGCGGCAUGAGCAUGAAUAAUAUGAUGGGUAGUCCACCAAGUCGUAGCAGGGGCAGGGAUGAGAAGAAGAAGAGGUGGAAGUGGAAGCUUGGGCCGGCCACCAUCCUGGGGUUCGAGCUGCUGGAGAGCAUCGCCUUCUCCGGCGUGGCGCUGAACCUGGUGGUGUACCUGGCCACCGUCCUUCACGGCACCCUCGCCUUCAACGCCGCCCAUGUCGACACCUGGAAUGGCACCACCUUCAUCGUCCCCGUCAUCGGGGCUUUCCUCGCCGACUCCUACUGGGGAAAGUACAGGACCAUCCUCGCCUCCCUCCUCUUCUACCUCGCCGGCCUUGUGCUCCUCACCGUCUCCGCCGCUGUCCCCUCCCUGCGCCCGGCGCCGUGCACCGGCGUCCCAUGCUCACCGGCCACCGGGACCCAGUUCUCCGUCUUCUUCCUCGCGCUCUACCUCACCUCCAUCGGAACAGGCGGCGUCAAGUCUGCGCUGCUCCCCUUCGGGGCAGAGCAGUACGAGCGCGACGACCACGACACUGAUCAGGAGGGCGCCCCGGCCCCGGAGAAGACGAAGCAAUCCUUCUUCAGCUGGUUCUUCGGCGCCAUCAACCUCGGCAUCUUCGUGGCCGGGACGCUUGUAUCGUGGGUGGAGCAGAACGUGUCGUGGGCGCUGGGCUUCGGCAUCGCCACGCUCUGCCUGCUCAUCGCGUCGGCGGCGUUCCUGGCAGCCACGCCCUGCUACAGGGUGCGCCUCCCCACGGGGGACACCCCCAUCAAGGCCAUCCUCAGGGUGCUGGUGGCCGCCUUCAGGAACAGGACCCGGACGCUGCCUCCCGACGCCGACGGCGAUGGCCUGUACGAAGUCGACGACGACAAGAACAAGAACGGCGGCGAUGAUGAGAAGCUGGCGCACACCGAGGGGUUACGGUGGCUGGACAAGGCCGCCGUGAGGGUGGACGGGGGCGGCGUGUGGGAGGUGUGCACGGUGAGCGAGGUGGAGCGCGUGAAGGUGCUGGCGCGGAUAGUGCCCAUCUGGGUGACGUGCGUGCUGUACGCGGCGUCGCUGGGGCAGAUGACCACCACCUUCAUCCAGCAGGGGAUGGCCAUGGACACGAGGGUGUUCGGGGGGAGGUUCCGGGUGCCGGUGGCGUCGCUGGUGUCGGUGGAGGUGGUGUUCAUGCUGCUGUGGGUGCUGCUCCACGACGUGGUGGUGAUGCCGGUGGCGAGGAGGUGGUGGCGCUCGGGUGGUCUGACGCAGCUGCAGCGGAUGGGCGUGGGGCGUGUGCUGGUGGUGGUGGCCAUGGCGACGGCUGCUCUGGUGGAGAGGCGGAGGCUGCGAGGGGAGAAGCGGUCGAUGAGCAUCUUGUGGCAGGUGCCACAGUUCGUGGUGCUGGCUGGAUCCGACGUGUUCAGCGGCAUCGCGCAGCUGGAGUUCUUCUACGGCGAGGCGCCCGGGUCCAUGCGCAGCAUCUGCUCCGCUUUCUCCUUCCUCGCCCUCUCCCUCGGCUUCUACGUCAACUCGCUCGUCGUCACCAUCGUGGCGGCGGUCACCAAGAGGAGCGACGGCUCCGGCGGCUGGCUGGCGCCGGACCUGGACACGGCCCACCUCGACUACUACUUCUGGCUCUGGGCCCUCAUCAGCCUCGCCAACCUCGCCCUCUACCUGCUGCUCGCCGCCCGCUACAAGUCCAAGAAGCCCUCGCCACCGCAUUCUUCUUCUCAUCCCUAGCCACUACCACUAUCAUCUCCUUCUUCUUCCUCCACCAUUAAUUGUUCAUCCAUCAUCAUCAUAGACAUACCAUAUAUACGCACGCAUAUCUCAUCUCAUCUGUAAGAUGGAUCAUACAUAGUCUGCAGCAGUGCAUCUUGUAUCUUUCUACCUAUAGCCUAUAGUUUGCUUCUGAAUUUAACAUCGGAAUCCAGGGAAUUGAACUGACGACAAACUUUUCUGCA